CCCCACCCCAGCCCGGCUCCUUGUCGCCCGCCCUCCCUCCCUCUCCCCGAUGCAGGGGGCCGAGCUCCGGGAUGGUGAGGCAGCGGCAGCGUCCGCUUCGUACCGCGUCUUGAGCCGCCUGCUCGGCUAUGGAGAGGCGGCCCCCGAGCCAGGCCCGCCGCCACCGCCCCCAGGCCAUGGCCCCCCGCCGCCACCCUUCCUUGCACGCCCCGGUACGCGGGGCUCCCGGCCGCCGCAGCUGAUGGUGUUCCGCAACGUGGGUCGGCCGCCGGAGGAGGAGGACGCGGAGGCGGCCCCAGAGCCGGGACCCUCGGAACUGCUAUGUCCCCGGCACCGCUGUGCCCUGGACCCCAAGGCCCUGCCCCCGGGGUUGGCGCUCGAGCGGACCUGGGGUCCGGCUGCUGGACUAGAGGCUCAGUUAGCAGCUCUGGGACUCGGGCAGCCGGCGGGGCCGGGAGUCAAGACGGUUGGUGGGGGUUGCUGCCCGUGCCCCCCGCAGGCGCCCCCUCCGCAGCCCCAGCCGUCUGCUGCCGCCCCGCAGGCCGGGGAGGACCCCACGGAAACGAGCGACGCGCUGCUGGUCUUGGAGGGCUUGGAGUCGGAGGCCGAGAGCCUGGAGACUAACAGCUGUUCGGAAGAAGAGCUCAGCAGUCCGGGCCGCGGAGGAGGAGGCGGCCGGCUUCUGUUGCAACCCCCAGGCCCUGAAUUACCCCCGGUGCCCUUCCCGCUGCAGGACUCGGUCCCGUCAGGGCGCUUGAGUAGAGGGGAGCAGCAGCAGCCGCCCCCGCCCCCUCCUCCUCCUGGGCCCCUCCGGCCACUCGCGGGCCCUUCUCUGAAGGGCUCUCUCAAAAUCCGCCUCAGUCGCCUCUUUCGCACGAAGAGCUCCAGUGGUGGUUCUGGUGGCGGAUAUGGGGCCAGCAAGAGGCCUUCUGGAGAGCUGGCUGCUUCAGCUGGGAGCCUGACCACCGUGGGAGGCUCUGCCGGCCGGGAGCUGGACGCAGGGAGGAAACCCAGGUUGACAAGAACUCAAAGUGCCUUUUCUCCGGUCUCCUUCAGCCCCCUGUUCACAGGUGAAACAGUCUCGCUUGUGGAUGUGGACAUCUCUCAGCGGGGCCUGACCUCUCCACACCCUCCAACUCCCCCUCCUCCUCCAAGAAGAAGCCUCAGCCUCCUAGAUGAUAUCAGUGGGACGCUGCCUACAUCUGUCCUUGUGGCUCCGAUGGGGUCUUCCCUGCAGUCUUUUCCCCUACCUCCGCCUCCUCCACCCCAUGCCCCAGACGCAUUUCCCCGGGUCGCUCCCAUCCGAGCAGCUGAAUCCCUGCACAGCCAGCCCCCCCAGCACCUCCAGUGUCCCCUCUACCGGCCUGACUCGAGCAGCUUUGCAGCCAGCCUUCGAGAGUUAGAGAAGUGUGGUUGGUAUUGGGGACCAAUGAAUUGGGAAGAUGCAGAGAUGAAGCUGAAAGGGAAGCCAGACGGUUCUUUCCUGGUACGAGACAGCUCCGAUCCUCGUUACAUCCUGAGCCUCAGUUUCCGAUCGCAGGGAAUCACCCACCACACUAGGAUGGAGCACUACAGAGGAACGUUCAGCCUGUGGUGUCAUCCCAAGUUUGAGGAUCGCUGUCAGUCAGUGGUGGAGUUCAUUAAGAGAGCCAUCAUGCAUUCUAAAAAUGGGAAAUUUCUCUAUUUCUUGAGAUCCAGGGUUCCAGGACUGCCACCAACUCCAGUCCAGCUGCUCUAUCCAGUGUCCCGAUUCAGCAACGUCAAAUCCCUCCAGCACCUUUGCAGAUUCCGAAUCCGACAGCUCGUCCGGAUAGAUCACAUCCCGGAUCUCCCACUGCCUAAGCCUCUGAUCUCCUAUAUUCGAAAGUUCUACUACUAUGAUCCUCAGGAAGAGGUGUACCUGUCCCUAAAGGAAGCGCAGCUCAUUUCCAAACAGAAGCAAGAGGUGGAACCGUCCACGUAGCGAGGGGCCCCUGCUGGUCACCACCGAGGGCAUUUGGUUGCCAAGCUCCGAUUUCAAAGAACCAGAUGAAGGUACCAUGAAAAGAGGAGUGAGAAAAAACAAGAGGAAAUGGGAAGGGUUGGGACCCUCUGCGCAAAGACUUGGGUUCCCCUGGCCACCCCGGGCUGGGAAGAAGCACACGACCGUCCUCUCCGAGCAGGGCCCCACCUUUCCCACCCGGCACCUCUGGUGUCCGGGAACUGGGCGAGCUCCCGGAAAACUGGAAGAAGUCUCAACACUGUUCCCUUUUCACAAGUUUUGUUUCGGAUAUUUACGUUUCUCGGUGUGGAAAACUCACAAAGGCAGCUGGGGUUUAUGCCCACUGGGUUGGAAGUGGUGCGAAGGGCGAGCAGGUCCAAAGGAGGUGGUGGGCCAGGGGUGGGGGCGCGGGUGGGACGUCACCAGUCCUGCAGCCGUCUAGCAGCUGGUGCCGAAGGCAGGGUGCAGGUUUCACCGUUGACCUUGAAGAAGGGAAGGGAAGGAGUCAGAAGUGCAAAUCAAGUGAGAAGUGUCUGAGGGAUGAGAAUCUGCUUCUCUCUGAGCACGGGUAGCUUCCGUGGGAGCAGCAGGGAAAGGAGUGGGCGGCCGCAGGUUACUGGACAAAGACUGGCAGAUGGCCUCUGCCAGGGGAAGCAGUGCCCCCUCGCAUCCUUUCCUUUUAAGACAGGAAUCUGAUUUCAGAAUCACCUCUCACAGAAGCUGGACUUAGUUCGUUUUAUUUAAUUUUUAAGCUCCGUGACCUCAUUUUAGUCCCGUUCUUCCCCCACCCUCUACCCGUUACCCAGGGUGACUGUCCGUUUGCUUUGGUCGUGGCAGCGUUGUUCCCGUCGCUUCCGCCAGCUGUCAGGGCGGCAGUUUUUCUUGUCACCUGAGCAGUGGCGCUCCCGUUGUGGGCUUGGCGAAGUCAACGGAGCGUGUCCCCUGAUUCUAACGGCGCAGCGUGCCUGUGACUUAGGAGUCAGUGCUGCUUACCUCCAGUGUCUGUGGGCUGGGGCAAGGGAGUGGGCGGAAGGUGCGAGACGCAGCUGUGUGGUUGUGCCCCUCCGAGAGAGCUGUCUGGCGUCCCCACCUUUGUGGGGUGUCCUUAGAGCAGAGCAGAGGAGGGUGUCACUUCUCCUUCUGUGUGUGCCGCUGUCACCCCACUGCUGGACGGGCAGCCAGCAAGGGCUUCUUAAUUUUCCCGUGUUCUUCCUGGCAGCCCAGACGUUUUCCUGUGUCAGGAGCUGGUUUCAGCGUUGCCUGUCUUGCAGCUGGAAGUGAGAAGGAGGAAGAAAAGCCCCAGUGCUUCUCCAUGGUCUUUAAUGUUUUCUGAAGCAGGCCAUCGUCAACUCAUACAAGGUUAUGAGUUUGCUUUUCUGUAGAAUUACUCUAGGGAAGGGUUUGCUAUUAAGAUGUGAAAAUUGAGCUGUUUGGUCUUUAUUACUCUUUUGCAGUAAGUGUCCCACUAGACUGCCUCUUCCCCUGUGUCUGUCUGCCUCGUCUCGUAAGAUAAGUAAUGCUGUCAGGCUUGCGGCCUCCCGAUGGUCUGGGGGAGGCCUCGGUGUCCUGUAAAUGUACAGGACUGCCUCAUCAGGAGGCCUUGCCUUCUGCCUCACGACCGGCGCGGCGCGGCCAGUCUUCCUCCUUGUAGCUGAACAGGGAGGAACUGGUGUUGUCACUUGCCUCUGAACAGGUGGUCUACACGUGAGCUGUAAGCCAUAAACACAGUCCACCUCUGAUUUGUCAGGAGGCACCUCUUCUGUCUUUGGCUUCCAUGGAAUGACAGCUGUUUCAGAUUUUGAUCCCGGAGAUUGGCUUAACCUGUGAGUCUUGCCUCUUGAGGGUGUGGACUAACUCGCCACCUCGCAGAAAGCGCCGCCCCCACCCCACCCUGCCAUGGUAGAGCCCAAAGCCUGGAAUCCAUUGGGAUCCUUGAGUGGCUGAUGUGCAACUACCUGGCACUUUUAUUCUUUAACCAUUUUUGCCACUCAUAAUUUAAAAAAUAGUUUUUUUAAUGUGUGUGUGUUUGCCUGCCUCUGGGGUAGGUACUGUGGGGAACACUAGAAGCAGAGGACACGGCAUCCGGCCUUCAGAAGCUUUGAGGUGACCGCCACACGUGAAGCAACCAGAGAACGACUCGGUGUGGCAGAGAGCUGGGCUGUCUGUGCACAGAUGCAGAGUGGGCGCAAUCAGGGUGGUGCAGGGAAGCUCUGAGGCCAUGAGGCUUUGGGCUGUAGGCGGGGGCAGGACCAUGAGUUGAGAAACACAUGAACUGGAACCUUGGAAGCAGGAGUCUGCACAGUAUAUACUUAAAGUGCACGCCCCGAGUUAGAGCAGAAGCACUUAAGAGUCCGUUUUCAGUGGGGUGGCCUAGACUGAAACUUCUUAGUCACUGGGCACAUCUGAAUGCUGAGGGCUUAUGGCAAAAUGGUCCGAAGCCAAAAGUCAGCUUGGUUCUGCCCGUGGCCAAGGACCUCACUGCUCUCAGUGCAGCCUGGGUGAGUGAGGCAGAGCCCCUGGGCCCCUGUGGUACCAGGUUUCCUUGGGGAAAAUCCUACACUCAGGUACUAACCCAAACCCACUGAGGUGGCCCAGCCGCACCCCUGUCCUUGCGUUUCCUGGGAGUGGUGGUGGCUGCCUGCGUCUGUGCCCUCUGUGCUUCCGUCCUAGCCCAGACUGCAUCCCGGUUUUUUCCUCAGCAGCACGGGCUGCAGGACAGAGUUGUGCAGGGGGAGGCAGGCCCCUCGGGAGGUGUGGGGGAAGGGGCAGGGCGGAGGUGCCGGCCUGGUCGCAGGAGGAACGCAGCAAGAGCAGCUGGCCUGUGGUCAGCACUGCCCUUCGUCUCUCCUGGCUGGGCCCACCCUCUCCGUGGCCAGUUCUGCGCUGUGCUCGUUGGAUGCAGUCUGCGUAGGGUACUUACUCCUUUUGGAUUGUGUUUUAAAGUCACACACUGGAAGGGGUCCUCACCCCUCACUGAUUUCUGAGCUGUGGGCAAAUGAAGUCAGUGCCCUUCGUCCUUGCCUGUGUGGCCCUCACUUGGUUGCAGUCAAUCUGCUGUAACUUCCCUCAGGACGCUGUGAACCACUGUGAGCUGGUGACAACUACUGCUACAACUGGCCAUGACUUGAAACUUGUGUAGGAGCACAGGGGUAAGGAGGGGAGGAGCUUUGGUGUAGGGACUGGGUAAGUGGGUGACAGCUGGGAGUUCAGGACCGUUGGCGACGACCUUGGCCCUGUGGACAGCCUGUGCCUCGUUGUAGGGAAUGCACACUCACUGGAAUGCGAGCCGCGGCCUGCAGCCAUCAGCCUCCGUGAAGACUGGUGUGCCCGGAGGGGGGCGUUUCCACCCAGUCGAUAUGCCUCCGCCUCCUUUCCUCUUUUCACGUAGCUGGUUAUGCAGGCCCCUUAUUAAAGUUGGAAAUGAUGUUGAGAUAGCUGCAAGCCCCCUACAGUGCACACCCAAGAAGAAACUGGGGAACAGGGAGGGUGGUUAGUGGUCCCAGAUCUGGGUGUGAGAGACCGGAGUGCAGCUGGAUGCCCUGGGGCCUGGCCCAUUCAGGCCUCACCAGAGCCCCAAGAAAAGCAAGGCCUGCUAGGAGCCCUCAGGGCCCAGCAGGGCAUGGGGAUGGGAGGGACUUCCACCGUAGGUUCCACGUGUCUGGCCCUGCUGCUUCUCCUGUGGCCAUGAGCCCUGAGGUAGGUCGGAGGCCUGGCCACCGGGAUAGAGCCCCACGGCUGCUGGAGGGCAGGCGGGAGUUGUGUGCGCGUCUUCGUGUGCACAAGUCCUGCCGCCGGUUGGGGUGUUGAGAGCAUCUCCGCUGGGUGAUGCUUGCCAUUCGUUUUCCACUUUUAGAAGAACGACACGCCCCCUGUCCCUACCGGAGGAGCUGUGAGUUAGACAUUUUCCCUAUGGGAAUCCUCUCGGUUGUGUCUGCGGGAAGGGGGGACGGGUAAAUGAUUUUUAUCUCUUAAUUGUCAACACAGCUGUUCUCACACUGACUUUGUGCUAUUGCAUACAUGUAGCCAUCUUUCUUUUCACUGCAGCAGUGUUUAUCAGUAGUUCGAAAUGAUUUAUUUACUCCUGGGGAGUAAAACCUUUUUUAUUAAAAAAGAAAAAGAAAAAAAAUAAAAGUGUGACCCCCCUUCCCCCCAUGAUCUCGAUGGGAUUAUUGGGCCACAAAGCUCAAGAAGGCAAAGUCAAGUCCGCCGUCUCCAUGUCCGUCCUGUUUUGGCGUUGGAGCCUUCCAGCUCAGCACAGGAGGACGGGAGGCCUGGAGGGGGUGCAGAGCAAAGCCUGGGAGGAGUGCGGUGGGCUGGGCCGCGGAGGCAGAGACACCGGGACCCCCUUGGGUGCUGCAGUUAGAAAGGAAAGUAGAAUAAUCCAUUGUAUUGCAAAUAUUGGCUCUGAUCUGCCAGGGAAAGAUCUUUCUUUACAUGCAGAUUCACGUUGUCUUUGCCCUUUUCACCCCUUCCUGACCUUCCCGGUAGGUGCUGUCCAGUUUCUUCCUGCUUCCCUUCCUGUCCUUGCUGCCCCUUCUCCCAUCCCUUCGCAGUCCCGUCUACCUCCUGGAGAGCCAGUCCUGCAUGCUGAGUCUGUGACCUGCCUUCACACCCACCCCAUCUCACUUAGAGGGUACCUGAACCGUUCCUCCCACCAUGCCAAGAGGCACUGAGGGGCAGGCGACCAGCAGCCAGCCACGGUGGGAAGACACAAAGGUCUGGUUGCAGCUGGACUGCGAUCGUAGUUGCUCCUGGUGACAGAGUGCAAGGCGAGCUCAGGACACUCUUGACUGGAACCCAGGAUGGUUACAAACCGCACAGCUCUGCUCAGAACUGCGUCCUAAGCCCCCUGCACAGCUCAGGUGGAGUGGGAAGGCUGGUCUGACUGUCCCUGGUGCUCCCUCGAACAGGGACCUGCCCCUCGCAGUGGGGCCCAGAACCUCUUCCAAGGGCCAAGCAUAACCUGGCGCCACCGUGGGCAGGCUGGGCACUGGAGCGCCCCCGCCGGUGCUGCCCAUGGCACAGCCGCUGCUGUACAUUUCUUGGUUGUUUUGAAGAAACACAAGAGGGGUGUCGUUCUGGGCUCGAGUGGUUGCCCAGAGGGGAGCCACACCCCGGCAACCACUUCUGUCCUCAGGCCCCCCCCGCCCCACCCCCCUCCGAGCCAAAGCGUGGCCUGGCUUUUAUCUUCCCAUUUAGUUUUCCUCCUUUCCCCUCCCUUUUUGUGCUUAAUUUAUUAAAAUAGUUACUGUAUAAUUUAUUUUCAUAAACUAUAAGAAAUUACUAAAUGGUUAAAAUAGACUUGCAGGCCAAUCUUAAAUGGGGCGGGAGGGCCUGAGGGUGGGGUGGGGAAAGAUGUUUUGAUAUAAACAAAACAAAUGCACUUUGGGUGUGUUUUGGUAUUUUUCUGGGGCUAGCGGGGUGGUGUUGGGAUGUCCCUGUAGAUUAGCUCCAGAGCGGGGUGUCUGUACAUACUGUAUUAAUAGGCAUGUUUGACUCGUACAAAGGGGCGCUCGUAGCUGCCGCAGGUCCUGUUUGGAACCCACGUGCCGUUCCCGGUUUUUGUAAGUGUCCGUGCAGGAGACCUUUGGCCCUUGUGUUUGUACCUCCUUUUUAUGAUCGCUGUACUGACUCAUGUCUUUUUGGGGAGGAGGGAAAAGAGAUUUGAAAUAAAAAUGUUUAGAAUUA